AUGGAACGAUUAACGAUAAAUGACCCUCCUGCCGCCGGUCAGUCCGGGAAUCCGCCCCAGGGUAAUCCUUCACAGGGUAAUCUUGGCCCAAUGACACAUGGACCACCGCAACUACCGCCGCAGAUGUUCACGACUGCAGCGCAAUUAUUAGACUUAACCGAUAAGAAAUUAGUUCUGGUCUUGCGAGAUGGACGAAAGUUGAUUGGAGUUUUGAGGACAUGGGACCAGUUCGCGAAUCUUGUCCUCCAAGAAACGAUAGAGCGCAUGUAUGCGGGAAACCUAUACACGGAUAUCUCCCGGGGAGUGUUCCUGGUUCGAGGCGAAAAUGUGUUGUUGUUGGGCGAAAUUGAUCUCGACAGGGAAGACAACAUCCCACCGAAUCUUAUCAAGGCACCAUUCAAAGAGGUCUAUGAGUUAAAGCAGAAGGAAGACAACGAACGAAAAUCCCACGACAAGAAGCGAAAUAAUAAGCUACAAGGCCUCGGAUUCGAGGCCGAACAUAGCGGGGAGAUCCUUUUCUAG